CUUACACCAGGCAUCUUCUCUGAAUUAUCCUCGUUAAAGCUUUCCAUAGUUGAAGGUAAGAGGUUCAAUGUUCUAUUGUUUGGACGAGGCGACUCAGAAGAUUUUGAACUCAAGGGUUUCGACAUUGCGGCCAAAGCAGUUGCUCAACUGAAUGACACAAGUUACCAGCUCGUCUUUGUGGGUGCACCAAGUGGAAACGAGAAACAAGUGGCAGAGAAAUUGCUUGAGUACGGCUUAAGGAAAAAUCAGCUGAUUGUGAAACCAUUUCUUGAAAAUCGGAAAGAUCUUGCCACCCUGCUAUCUACAGCAGAUCUUGCUAUCAUACCUUCAAGAUCAGAAGGAUUUGGUUUAACCGCCUUGGAAGUGUUAUCUGCCGGUCGGCCUUUUCUUGUCACGCAAACCAGCGGAUUUGGAGAGGCUCUGCAAGAUGCUCUUCCUCAGAGUAUCACCUGGAUUGUAGAUUCUGAGGAACCAGAGAAGUGGGCUGAAGCUAUUAAAAGUGUCUGA